UGAACAAGAGAAAACGAAAUUGAAAUUGAAAUUGAAAUGAUAUGAGAUUUUAGGAGGGAAGAAUCAAGAAACCAAAAACAGAAUGAAAGGGAAAGGAAACGAGUGAGUGAUGGCAAAGGCGAAUCUAGCGAGCCUAGUUCACGAACUCCGAGAGCGCAUAGCAGCAUCCUCCUCCACUCUCACUCCCAACAACCCUUCCGACGACGAAGCUUUGGAGGUUCGCUUCCGCACCGUCCUCCCUAAUCUCCUCCAUGCUUACGUCGUCCCUUCUUCUUCCUCCGGCAACGAGAGAGAAGUCAUUGCCGUCGUCAAACUCAUCUCUCACACCGCCAGAAACUUCCCCGGCGUCUUCUUCCGCGGCGAGCCCUCCGCCGUCUUACCAGUCCUCGCUCGGAUCCUCCCUUUCUUCGCUGACCCUCUCUUCCGCUCUCGUCAUGGUGUCUUCUUUGAAGCUCUUGGUUCCCUCCUCUCCUUGCUUCGCUCCGGUGCACGCGAUGCUUACAGACACUUCUUCCUUGAUUCCAUGCUCCUCAUUCAAGAUAUUUUGCAUGUGGCGUCAUCAUUUGAUGUAAAUGGAUCCUCAAGGGUGACAUUGAAGUGUUUUCGCGAGUCCUUUUCUGGAAUCGAAGAUAUUCCAUCGACCAACAAACCGGUUGAUGGGUGCGGGUUGUUGGUUGACCUCAGUGGUCGAAGCAGGUGGCUGCCUUUUGCCACUUGGAUUAUGAAGCUUCUCAGUAAAUGUCUGACAGAAGGAACACUCUAUGUUGAAGGAUUGAUCCAUGCACCGUUUGUUUCUGCUGCUUGUUGUCUUUUAUGCUACGGGGAUGGCGAUCUGCAUAUGGCGUGCUUUGACUUCGUGCACAUCAUUUCAACCGUCGUAAACUAUGAUGUCAUUCCUUAUCAGAAUUUAAUCCGCUCAAUAGCUACUAUCUUGAGUUUGGACAAGGAGGGGCUUCCUGUUUUCAGGAACACGGCUUAUGAUUCAUCGAUGGCUGUUUGCCUCAAUGCACUCUACUCUACCUGUUCAGAAGAUAUUGUCAAAUUAACAGCUGCUGAUUUGGUCGGUGUAUUCCUCCAAUCGAUGUGGAGAACCAAAAGCCAGCAACUUAAGGUUGCCUUAUGCAGUGCCUAUGCUAGGAUUGUUCAAGUUUGCCCCCCUCAUGUCUGGAAGCCAGAAUAUCUCAUAUCUGCUCUCUAUCAGCCGGAACCAUGUUGGCCUCUAAUAGAGUGCUUUCAAGUGGCUGUAUCUACUCUUGGUCCGCGUCUUGUUGGGGGAAUUCAAGGAAAUAAUAAGACUUUAACCAUGUUAGCAUAUGAUGAUAAGUCAAAUGAAAGCAUGAGGCUUGGCCAAAAGAGGCCGAUUCAGGGUAUGGAUAAUGUAAAGCUCAAGAGACAAAAAAUUAAUGAAGUUGUUGUUGAAGAUGCAAGUCUUGAGGUGGAAUGCAAAUAUAGUUGUAUAGUUACUUGCCAUAGAGUAGAAGAUUAUGCUAACCAUAUGAAUAAAUCUCUUCUUUCAUUUGUUCAAUCAUUGAAUGCCCCUGCUUCCAGACCUGGUUCUUUGAGGCCAGAUAUUGCUUUAUCUGCACUUAGCAUGCUAUGCAUUGCCUUUUCUAUUUAUCCAGAGACUGAUCUGUCUCUCAGAAUAUUUCAGCAGAUGCUUGCAUGGCUUCCUUGGAUAGCUGAUCAGGCAAAACAAGGAAAUUCCAUGACUGUAGAUAUCACCACCUACCUGGAAGGAAUUCACAGCAUGUUGCUUUUGCGAAGUGGCUCUUUCAAAGAGAACAAUCCAUUACAAGAUGGGAAUUACCAUGUAGACCUUAUGCUUGUUUUGCUUAAACUUCCCUGGACUCACAUGCUUCUUGCUACUGAUAAUCAUUGUACAUGGAAAACAAAAUGCCUUUCUCUUCAAGUAGUAUCGAAGCUAGGCCCAAGCUUGAACAAUGAAGUUGUCCUUGAAUUUUUAGAUUUGGGUCUUCGUGAUGAAGCUGAAGAAGUCAGAGCUGAAGCUGCUAUUUCUAUGCCAGUGAUGGUUUUGUGGUCUGGUCUUGAUGUAUCAUCUCCUGUCUUUAAAAGGAUGGAGUACUUAAAAGGAGAUAAUGAGACGGUUAAGAAAUAUCUUCCCUUUUCGCUUGGCCUAUUGUCAUGUCUUUAUGGAUGCCGAAGACCUGUAUCUGGUCUACAUAUAAACGAAUGCAAAUUGUUUCUGAACGUGAAAAGUGGAAGAACAUGUUGGACAGUAGAUCAUUUACUGCAAGGUUUUAACUGUUCAAAAUGUGACAAAAAAUUUAUUUGCAAUCACAAAGGCCAGCAUCCUCCAAUCAGUCUUCGAUCUGAUACUUAUAAUGCAGAUGCAGACAUUAGUUUGGACUGUAACUUCAAUCAACUGCAGUCUUUAUUUUUUGAACUUCUUUUUGAUGAAUCUUCAGAAGAUGUCCAGAUUUCCUGUGUGAAAGUUAUUCAUCGGAUCCUUGCACAUGUAACCCCUGAUAUUCUGCUCAAAACAAGGUUUGAAUGGAUAAAAUGUGUAAAAUUUAUUCUGACUAGCAGGAGCACGGAAUUGAGAGAAACAUUUUGCAGUCAGAUCAGUUCCUUUAUGGAUGAUCAUAUUCUUAGUUUAAUAUUUGCUGGAGACACUGACAAAAGUAAGGAGCAAAACUUAUUGGAUUUGAUUAAACAUGCCAUGGAAGUUGCCGAAAGUCCACGUAUAUUAGAGACUUUAAUGGAAUGUAUAGCACAAAUAAUGGUUGCUGUUGAUAUAGGUAGCAAAUUGUUCUUAUGUUGUCUUAUACUGUUGAUUGAUCAGCUUGAUAGUGUACAUGUGACGGUGAGAAUGAAUGCAUCAAGGUUAAUACACAAGUCUUGCAAUUUCCAUCUUAAAGGGGGUCUUGAGCUUAUUCUUUCUAAAGAUGUUCAUAUUCGUAAUGAACUGUAUGAUUAUCUGUCCGAGAGACUUGCCAGCCGGUCAGUCUUAGUGAGGGAGUUUGCAGAAGCAGUUUUUGGUGUUAAGACUGAAAAACUUGUCCAGAAAAUGAUUCCUUUUGUUCUCCCAAAGCUUAUUGUAUCUCAGGAGUGUAAUCCUCAAGCAGUUGAUACCUUAUCUGAGUUGGCCAAGUGUUUGAACACUGCUAUGGACUCUCUAAUAGUUCACUGGCUGCCCAAAGUGCUUGCUUUUGCUCUUCAUCAAACAGAUGAUCAACAUUUGCUUUCUGCCGUGCAGUUUUACCAUGCACGGAUUGGUUCUGACAAGCAGGAAUUAUUUGCGGCGGCUUUACCAGCUCUUCUAGAUGAACUUAUAUGCUUUACGGAUGGUGAUGAUUCAGAUGAGAUAAGCAGAAGGUUAGCUAGAGUGCCUCAGAUGGUUAAAGGGGUUGCUAAAGUUCUCACUGGUGCGGAAGAUCUUCCAUGUUUUUUAAGGAAUCAUUUUGCUCACCUUCUUCAAAGUAUAGACAGAAAAAUGCUCCAUUCUGAUGAUUUUGUGCUUCGAAAACAGGCAUUGAACCGUAUUGAGAUGCUGAUUAGAAUGAUGGGUUCUCAUCUUAAUACUUAUGUGCCAAAAUUGAUGGUUCUUCUCUUGCAUGCUAUAGAUAAAGAAUCAUUGAAAAUGGAGGGUCUGUCUGUUUUGCAUUUUUUCAUAAAGCAAUUGGGUAAGGUAUCACCAUCUAGCAUUAAACAUAUAAUUUCUCAAGUUUUUGCUUCUCUUCUUCCCUUCCUGGAGAGAGACAAAGAAACGCCCUCAAUACAUUUGGACAAAGUGGUACAAAUUUUAGAAGAACUUGUUUUUAGGAACAAGGUUAUCCUAAAGCAGCAUAUAUGUGAGUUCCCCCCUUUGCCCUGCAUACCUGCUUUGACGGAAGUGAUCAAAGCAAUUGAGGAUGCUCGUGGGACAAUGACUUUGAAGGAUCAAUUGCGAGACAUUGUUGAUGGUUUAAAUCAUGAGAACUUAAAUGUGAGGUACAUGGUAGCAUGUGAGCUUCGCAAGCUUCUGAAUUUGAGGUGGAAGGAUGUUACAGCUCUAAUUACUGCUGAAGCUGGUUCAGAUUUGGAUGUCUUGAGUUCUUUGAUCACAUCAUUAUUAAGAGGAUGCGCAGAGGAAUCAAGGAAAACAGUUGGGCAGCGGUUGAAGUUAGUCUGUGCUGAUUGCAUUGGAUCCCUUGGUGCUGUUGACCCAGCUAAAGUAAAAGUAUUUUCAUGUCAACGUUUCAAAAUUCAAUGCUCUGAUGAUGACCUCAUAUUUGAGCUGAUCCACAAACAUCUAGCUCGGGCAUUUAGAUCUGCACCUGAUACUCUUAUUCAAGACUCUGCUGCAUUAGCUAUACAGGAGCUGUUAAAGUUUGCUGGUUGUGAGGCGUCACUUGAUGAGAAUGCUUCAACUAAAACAUCACAGCCACAAAAGAAUGGAGAUAAUUGCAACAUUUUUGCAUCUGAGAUAAAAACUUCCACUGGUAGUAGUGGGGUGAGUAAUAGGGGCCAGAAAUUAUGGGACCGCUUCUCUAAUUAUGUGAAAGAGAUAAUAGCCCCAUGCUUAACAUCUAAGUUUCAGCUUCCUAAAGUUUCUGACUCAACAUCUGCUGGCCCUAUUUACCGCCCAUCCAUGUCAUUUAGAGACUGGAUUUUCAGUUGGAUAAAAAAACUGACUGUUCAUGCUACUGGAACUCGUGCAACCAUCUUCAAUGCCUGUCGAGGUAUUGUACGCCAGGAUAUGCAAACGGCAAUAUAUUUGCUUCCCUACUUAGUUCUCAAUGCUGUUUGCCAUGGUACUCAGGAGGCACGGCACGGCAUAACGGAAGAAAUCUUAUCUGUUCUUGAUGAAGCUGCAUCAGAGAACAGCGGUGCUUCAGUUCACGGAUUCAUCGACGGUCAAAGUGAAGUUUGUAUUCAAUCUGUGUUUACUCUUCUUGAUAAUCUAGGACAAUGGGUGGAUGAUGUUCAACAAGAGCUUGCUCUUACCCUUUCUCAAUCAUCAAUCUCUAAACAACAAAAGUCAAAGAAUCAAAGUUCAAAUUCCAUGACAGAUCAGGACCAACUCCUUGUACAGUGUAAAUAUGUUUCAGAGCUUCUAUAUGCAAUUCCGAAGGUGACUCUUGCUAGUGCUUCCUUUAGGUGUCAGGCCUAUGCUAGGUCCUUUAUGUACUUUGAGUCCUAUGUGAGGGGAAAGUCAGGUGCUUUCAACCCUGCUGCUGAGAAGAGUGCCAUCUUUGAGGAUGAAGAUGUUUCACAUCUUAUGGAAAUAUACAGCUGUUUGGAUGAACCAGAUGGUCUAUCUGGCUUAUCAUCUUUAAGUAAAUCUUUGAGGUUAAAGGAUCAGCUGUUAAUGAACAAAAAGGCCGGGAAUUGGGCUGAUGUUUUAACUUCCUGUGAACAAGCUUUGCAGAUGGAGCCAGAGUCAGUUCAGAGCCAUUCCGAUGUUCUUAACUGUUUACUAAACAUGUGCCACCUUCAGGCCAUGGUGACUCAUGUUGAUGGUUUAGUUUCUAGGAUUUGUAAGUACAAGAAAGCUUGGUGCAUGCAAGGUGUGCAGGCAGCCUGGAGGCUUGGCAGGUGGGGUUUGAUGGAUGAGUACCUUAGUGGAGCUGAAGAAGAUGGUUUAGUUUGCAGUAGCUCUGAAAAUAAUGCUUCAUUUGACUUGAGUGUCGCAAAGAUUCUGCAGGCAAUGAUGAAGAAGGACCACUUCUCAGUUGCAGAGAAAAUCGCUUUGUCCAAGCAGUCGCUAAUUGCUCCCCUAGCUGCUGCAGGAAUGGAUUCUUACAUGAGGGCCUACCCGUUUGCCGUAAAACUUCACUUUCUACGGGAAUUGGAGGACUUCCAUUCUCUUUUGGGUGAUGAUUCGUUCUUGGAUAAAUCAUUUUACUUAGAUGAUCCAGCUUUCUCUAAGUUGGUGGAAAAUUGGGACAACCGACUCAGAAUUACUCAGUCGUCACUUUGGGCUAGGGAGCCACUCUUGGCACUCAGGAGACUGGUUUUUGGUGCAAGUGGUCUUGGUGCUCAAGUUGGAAAUUGCUGGCUUCAGUAUUCAAAACUAUGUCGCUUGGCUGGUCAUUAUGAAACAGCCAACAGAGCAAUUUUAGAAGCCCAGGCAUCUGGUGCACCUAAUGUCCACAUGGAAAAAGCAAAACUUCUUUGGAGCACCCGUCGGUCUGAUGGUGCCAUUGCAGUAUUGCAACAAUCUCUCUUGAAUAUGCCUGUUGAGGUUUUAGGCUCCGCUGCAAUGUCAUCUAUUACUAGCCUUUCCCUUGUGCCACUUAACUCAGUGCCUAUUGUUUGUGAAAGUCAAGCCCUAAAUGAAAACAGAGAUAUUGCCAAGACUCUUCUUCUGUAUUCAAGGUGGACUCAUUACACUGGGCAGAAACAGAAGGAAGAUGUGAUAAGUCUUUACACCAGGGUGAGGGAACUGCAGCCUAAAUGGGAGAAAGGAUACUUCUACAUGGCUAAGUAUUGUGAUGAAGUGCUGGGUGAUGCUAGGAAACGCCAGGAGGAGAAUUUUGAACUUGGUCCUAGACAAGCAGCUGUUGCUGUUGGCUCUUCAAACUUGAAUAAUGAGAGGCGUUGGUGGUCCUAUGUUCCUGAUGUGCUGUUAUUCUAUGCAAAAGGACUUCACAGGGGGCACAAGAAUCUAUUUCAGGCACUUCCAAGGUUAUUAACUCUGUGGUUUGACUUUGGGAGCAUGUAUCUAAGAACUGGUUCAUCAAACAAGGAUUUAAAGAAUGUACAUGUGAAGGCAAUGAGUAUCAUGAGAGGCUGUUUGAAGGAUUUACCAAUAUACCAUUGGUUGACAGUAUUACCUCAGUUAGUUUCAAGAAUUUGCCACCAGAAUGAAGAAAUUGUUCGACUGGUCAAACUUAUCAUUACCUCUGUUCUCCGCCAAUAUCCACAACAGGGCCUAUGGAUUAUGGCUGCGGUUUCAAAAUCCACUGUUCCUUCAAGGCGGGAAGCAGCAGCUGAAAUUAUACAAUCUGCACGUAAAGGUUUCAGUCCAGGAAGUAAUGAGUACAGUUUGUUUGUUCAAUUUGCUAGCCUGAUUGAUCAUCUGAUUAAGUUAUGCUUCCAUGCGGGUCAGUCAAGAGCGAAGACGAUUAAUCUUGCAACUGAAUUUAGUGCUCUAAAGAGGAUGAUGCCACUGGGAAUUAUAAUGCCAACUCAACAAUCUCUAACUGUUAAUCUGCCAACAUAUGAUGGGAAUCUGGGUGAUUCUCUAAUGUCUAAUAUGUUUUCUGCCACAGACCUUCCUACAAUAUCAGGCAUUGCUGAUGAGGCUGAAAUUCUGUCGUCACUGCAGCGGCCUAAGAAAAUCGUUCUACUAGGCAGUGAUGGCCUUGAGCACCUGUUUCUUUGCAAACCCAAGGAUGACCUCCGCAAAGAUGCUCGCAUGAUGGAGUUCACUGCAAUGAUUAACCGACUGCUGUCCAAAUAUCCUGAAAGUCGUAGAAGGAAGCUCUAUAUCCGCACGUUUGCUGUGAUUCCACUGACAGAGGACUGUGGCAUGAUAGAGUGGGUGCCCCACACCCGUGGACUUCGACAAAUACUUCAAGACAUAUAUAUUACCUGUGGAAAAUUUGAUAGGCAGAAAACUAAUCCUCAAAUUAAACGAAUUUAUGAUCAAUGCCAAGGUAAAAUGCCAGAGGAUGAGAUGUUGAAGACCAAAAUCCUUCCAAUGUUUCCUCCUGUUUUCCACAAAUGGUUCUUGACAACAUUUUCUGAGCCUGCUGCCUGGUUCAGGGCUCGUGUUGCUUAUGCUCACACAACUGCAGUUUGGUCCAUGGUUGGGCAUAUUGUGGGACUGGGUGACCGGCACGGUGAAAACAUUCUUUUUGAUUCUACCAGUGGUGAUUGUGUUCACGUUGAUUUCAGUUGCUUAUUUGACAAAGGUUUGCAAUUGGAGAAACCUGAGCUUGUUCCUUUCAGAUUAACCCAGAACAUGAUUGAUGGCUUAGGCAUUACUGGAUAUGAGGGUACAUUCUUGAGGGUUUGUGAAAUUACACUCUCUGUACUGAGGACACACAGGGAGACUCUCAUGAGCGUGCUUGAAACCUUCAUCCAUGAUCCUCUCGUGGAAUGGACAAAAUCUCACAAGUCCAGCGGUGUAGAAGUUCAGAAUCCACACGCACAGCGAGCCAUUAGCAAUAUUGAGGCAAGGUUGGAAGGAGUGGUUGUUGGUGUUGGAGCUGCACCGUCAUUGCCUCUAGCCGUGGAAGGUCAAGCUCGUAGACUAAUUGCUGAAGCAGUCUCUCACAAGAAUCUUGGAAAGAUGUACAUAUGGUGGAUGCCUUGGUUUUGAAGAUUUGGAUGGGUUGAAAAGAUCUUCCCAUAUUAAUUCAAACAGGUAUGAUGUCAUUAGUUCCAUUUCGUUCCACAAUUGAAUUGCUGAAUGUUAUGUUUAUAUACAAGGCAGUGAUCUGGAGAUGCUAGCAGGAAACAGAGGAAGGAGUAGUUCAAGGUGGUCUUUCUUGGUCACAGGGAUGACUGAAUGUUGUAUAAAGUUAGAAUUUAGAAUGUGAAGGACUUGAACAGUCAAACUUUGGGAAACAGAUAUUUUGACCUCAUUCUGUGGUUGGGCUAGGACACUGCUGAAUGGAGCUUGACGCUACAUAGUUGCAACUGUGCUCCUUUGCUUAACAAGGAUACAUCCCAUAGAAGCAUGCUGAGAACUAGAAGUACUGGUUCUGAAAAUUGUUUGUACAUACUUUAGGGUAAUACUAAUAGGGGAUUUUUUUUCCUUUCUAUAUGAAUUAGAAUAUUGUUACUCAGAAAAAAAGGAAUGAGAUAUUAGUCCCGUAAUAGGGGAGUUAUUGCUUUCUAAUCAAUGUAAAUGAACUCUGUUCAGUCUCUUAACGGGUGAUUUUGACA